CGUCUCACGUUCAACAACUCCGCUACGGUAGUUGUUUCAAACAUGUAUUUUAACUUAUUUUUUCAAAUAUUUAUUUAAUUUUUUGCAAUGUUAUCUGUGGUGUAGGCAGAAAGAAUACCUGUAUUAGUAUUAAAUAAGCAAAUUUAUUUUCAAAGAUGUCUUGCGACCCGAAGAAAUUGAUUUAUGCUGUGGAAAAGAGGCCCGUAAUAUAUAAUUAUAAGCUACAGGACCAUAAAAAUCGAGGAGCAGUGGACAAGGCGUGGGAAUAAGUGGCUACUGAGAUGGAUUGCUCAGUUUCUGAUUGCAAGAUCAAGUGGACCAAUCUGAGGAGCUCCUACAAUCGGGUUAUGAGGGACUCAGAAACACCCUCAGGCAGCAGGGAAGGAAAGAAAAGAAAGUGGUACCUCUUGGAGGCUAUGCAGUUUCUUCGGGACUUCACCUCGAGCCAUAGGUCGAGUAUAAGCAAUGAAGAAAGCCAGGAUA